AGUGUAAGAAAUGCUUUCGUCGCGAAAUAACUCGAGCUUUUUUAUGAGAGAGUGCUUUUGUGAAUUAUAAGACUUUAGAAGUUUCUCCACAGAAUCUUGGAUAAUAUUAAACUUAAUGUGAAUAGUGAUAGUAGAUAUCGUGACACAAUUGUGUAAUAUAGAGGGAAGUGAAAAGACAAUUAGCAUCUUAUUCUACGAGACGAUAUUAUCCAAUUAACAGACUCAAGAUAAAAGUAUUUCGCAAUAUUUCUUAGCAUCUCUCAGCAAUUUUUCAAAUAAAAUUAUUUCGUGAAAGAUAUUAGCAGGAUGGAUACAAAAGAUUUCAAUAAGUAUGGCAAAGAGAUGAUCGACUACAUCUGCAAUUAUAUGGAAAACAUUGAAACGCGAGAUGUUGCACCAAAAGUUGACCCUGGAUAUCUCAAAGAAUUAGUUCCAUCCGAAGCUCCACAAAAAGGAGAAGACUUCAAAACCAUCCUGGGCGAUAUUGAGAGCAAAAUAAUGCCAGGUGUUGUUCAUUGGAAUCAUCCGUAUUUCUUUGCCUACUUUCCCUCCGGAAAUUCUUACCCUUCUAUCUUGGGUGAUGUCCUCAGUAGUGCUAUUGGAUCAAUUGGAUUUUCAUGGGCUUCCUGCCCAGCUUCAACAGAACUUGAAACUAUAGUCCUAGACUGGUAUGCCAAAGCCUUAGAUUUGCCUGAUUUCUUUGUCAGCGAUAGUCCAGGGAGUAAAGGUGGAGGAGCUAUUCAGGGAUCAGCAUCCGAAUGUGCUUUGGUCUGUAUGAUUUCAGCUCGAGCAAGAGCCAUCAAAGAACUCAAGGGAAACAACUACGAGAUCCAUGACAGCGUCUACUUGCCCCAGUUAGUAGCCUAUGCUUCCCGAGAAGCUCACAGUUCCAUCGAGAAAGCUGCCAAAAUGGCCAUCAUUAAACUACGUAUUCUUGACACAGACUCUAGGGGUUCAUUCCGAGGAGAAACCCUUCGAGCUGCCAUUGAAAAGGACGUUAAGGACGGACUGACUCCAUUUUUUGUUGUUGCAACAGUGGGAACAACGGGGGCUUGUGCUUUUGACAAUCUUAAAGAGAUUGGUAAAGUCUGCCAAAACUACUCUAACAUCUGGUUCCAUGUUGAUGGAGCUUAUGCAGGGAAUUCGUUCAUUUUGCCAGAGAUGAGACAAUUUAAGGAAGGGAUGGAAUACGCAGAUUCUUUCAACACCAAUCCUAACAAACUCCUCCUGACAAACUUCGACGCAUCAGCACUUUGGGUGCGAGAUGUCAUGGCACUUAAAACUGCCCUCACCGUCAAUCCACUAUAUCUUCAGCAUGAACAUGCCAGUGCAAUCGACUACCGACACUACGGUAUCCCAUUAAGUAGACGCUUCCGUUCCCUCAAACUCUGGUUCGUGUUCCGAUCAUACGGCAUUACCGGACUUCAACAGUACAUUCGGAAUCACAUAGCCCUGGCAAAACGCUUCGAACAACUUGUACGUUCAGAUGAGCGUUUUGAAGUUAGGAACGAUGUGCAUUUAGGCUUGGUUUGUUUCCGCUUGAGACAAUCGGACGCAACUAACAGAGACCUCUUAGCAAGGAUAAACCAUUCGGGGAAGUUCCACAUGACUCCAGCUAUGGUUAGGGGAAAGUACGCUAUUCGCUUCUGCGUGACAUACGAACACGCCAAGGAAGAACACAUAGAUUAUGCAUGGCAGGAGAUUAAAGCAUUUGCCGAGGAAUUCUGUGAAGCUGAGCAUAUUGAGAAGCCAGCACCAAUUGCCGCCAAGAAGCCUCACAAAAAACUCACGAGGAAGGCAUCGGCCAGGUUCUCCUUUACUCGCAGUGUUUCCAGGGAAAUAUACGAAAGGCAAUCGAGCAUAUCCAACCUUCCGGAUGGUUGUACGCCUAUCAUUGUCCUGGAGACGGACGACAUUCUCAAGAGUUUGCAAAAGGCUACAAGGAAGAAUUUAGAGACGAAAUACACAGAAACAGAUAGUACGGAUGAAGACAAACGAAUUAUUAGGUUAAAAGAGUGAAAUGCUGGCUAUGUUCACGACAUUUUCCAUUCUGUAAAAUCUUCCCACUUGAAAGAAAAACUAUUUAUUUAUCAUGACCGUUCAUCGUUCCUCUAUAAGACCUAUUUUUUAUGAUUUAUUUUUUUAUAAUCUAAUUUUUUUUACACAAAACUGUAUUUGUAAUUUAUUUUUGUUUUGUGCUCAUGAUGACUCUAAAAUUGUUGUAUAUAUAGUGAGUAUAUAAUGCAAAAGGAUGCUUAUGUAUGACAGCGUAAAUUUGUAUCAGAUGAUAAAUGAAAGAUUGUAUUUCUUUAUUAUAUUCAAUAAAAUAUCAGUAUUUCCAAUUAAAAAAAAAA